UCUUCGUGCUCCGGCGCACCAUAAACCCCUGGAAAGCCCACAACUUGUAAAUCCCCAAAGUUUGGUUCUUUGUAAUGGAAACCCAAAGCAGUGUCUGUGACAACAUCGUCGGCGAUGAGAAAUGGCGAGCGGAAGCUGAAGUUGGUGGCAACGAGAGAGCUCUUCAAGCACUUCGAGAACUCAUUAUCUUCCCUUUUCGCUACCCUCUCGAAGCUCGAACUCUUGGUCUCAAAUGGCCUAGAGGAUUGCUUCUCUACGGUCCUCCUGGAACCGGCAAGACAAGCUUGGUCCGUGCUGUUGUUCAGGAAUGUGAUGCACAUUUGAUUGUUUUGAGCCCUCAUUCUGUACAUCGUGCACAUGCUGGAGAAAGCGAGAAGGUCUUAAGGGAAGCUUUUGCUGAAGCUACUUCUCACGCUGCUUCAGACAAGCCCUCUGUGAUUUUUAUUGAUGAAAUCGACGUUCUUUGUCCUCGGCGAGAUGCUAGACGAGAGCAAGAUGUUCGUAUUGCUUCUCAACUCUUUACACUAAUGGACUCAAACAAGCCUUCAUCAUCUGCACCGAGAGUUGUUGUUGUAGCAUCCACAAAUAGGGUGGAUGCGAUUGACCCAGCACUAAGAAGGGCGGGACGAUUUGAUGCUUUAGUUGAAGUGAGCACGCCAAAUGAGGAAGAUCGUUUAAAAAUCCUCCAGCUGUACACGAAGAAAGUAAAUUUAGAUCCUAAUGUUGAUCUGGAAGCCAUAGCAACAUCUUGCAACGGUUAUGUUGGGGCAGAUUUGGAAGCUCUGUGUCGUGAAGCGACCAUAUCUGCAAGUAAAAGAUCCUCUGAUUCUCUUAUCCUUACAUCGGAAGACUUCAAGAUUGCAAAAUCUGUGGUUGGUCCAAGUAUAACCAGAGGCAUUACAGUUGAAAUCCCUAAGGUUACAUGGGAUGAUGUUGGUGGUCUUAAAGAUCUAAAGAAAAAGCUUCAGCAAGCUGUUGAAUGGCCAAUCAAACAUUCUGCUGCAUUUGUAAAAAUGGGCAUAUCGCCGAUGCGUGGGAUACUUCUCCAUGGUCCUCCGGGUUGCUCAAAGACAACUCUUGCUAAAGCUGCUGCAAAUGCUGCUCAAGCGUCCUUCUUUUCUUUAAGCUGUGCGGAGCUAUUUUCUAUGUAUGUUGGAGAAGGUGAAGCAUUAUUGCGUAAUACUUUUCAAAGAGCCCGACUUGCUUCUCCAAGUAUAAUAUUCUUUGAUGAAGCUGAUGUUGUUGCCUGUAAAAGAGGCGAUGAAAGCUCAAGUAAUAGUUCUACAGUUGGAGAAAGGCUUCUAUCUACAUUGUUAACUGAAAUGGACGGUCUUGAAGAAGCAAAGGGAAUACUCGUCUUGGCUGCCACAAACCGUCCAUAUGCAAUUGAUGCUGCUCUAAUGCGGCCUGGUCGAUUUGAUCUCGUGCUAUACGUGCCACCACCUGAUCUCGAAGCUCGGUUUGAAAUACUGCAAGUGCAUACACGUAACAUGACACUAGGAGACGACAUUGAUCUCAAGAAAAUAGCUGAAGAAACCGAACUCUUCACAGGUGCCGAGCUCGAGGGUCUAUGCAGAGAAAGCGGAACUGUCUCCCUUAGAGAAAACAUUGCAGCAACUGCCGUCUUCAAUCGCCAUUUCCAAACCGCAAAAAGCUCGCUAAAACCCGCAUUAACAAUCGAAGAAGUCGAAACUUAUUCAUCAUUCAGGAAGGCCAAAAGAUCACCUUCAAAACCAACUCCGAGUAGGAAAAAGAAGGAGACGUCCGCUGUAUUCGGUUUAGGAUUCUCAUGGCAAUUUGGUGUUUUAAGCUUAAUAUUAUUUGCUACUGGAAACUAUUACUUCAACCACACUAAACAUGAGUUACUAGUAGCUUCUGCUACAUGAGACUUCAACAGUUACAAAUAUCAAAAAAAGUUCCCAAUUUUUGUUUU